CUCCACUCCCCUGUUCGGCGAGGGUUUUCUCCCCCUCCCUCCAUUUCUCCCUUCUCUCGCCUCCUUGUGAUUCGACGCUAGUUUCGUCGCCGUUCUCUCCGCUAAGGCAUCCGCCUGUCACGCACGGGGCACUGUGCCUGGUCCCCCUUCCCUGUCGUUCUCGAGCCGCAACCAUGGUGAACGUGCCAAAGACGAAGAAGACGUACUGCGGCGGCAAGUGCAAGAAGCACACCACCCACAAGGUCACUCAGUACAAGAAGGGCAAGGACAGCGUCUACGCGCAAGGAAAGAGGCGUUACGACAGGAAGCAGAGCGGGUAUGGUGGACAGACCAAGCCCGUCUUCCACAAGAAGGCGAAGACCACGAAGAAGAUCGUGCUGAGGCUGCAGUGCCAGUCGUGCAAGCACAUGCACCAGACGCCCAUCAAGCGUUGCAAGCACUUCGAGAUUGGCGGUGACAAGAAGGGCAAGUCCACCUCCCUCUUCUAAACGCCAUGGCAGCAGCUGCACACCCAAGAACUGUUCGUGUGCAGUGCAUGGCGUAGAGGGGGCUAGGGGAUGGGAAUCAAGGGAGGGUCUUGAUGGUUGUGAUUGUUGGGUCUUUGACGUGUUGUGGUUCUGUCAGCACAUCUUGCUGCCUGCCUUGCCUGUCAUUGAUCUGUUGAAGCAAUGAUAUGAUCAGUGGAAUUUGGUCACGUUUUUUACCACAGGCUUGGGAAUCUUGGCAGGGGACUAGGAUAAUCGCCGUAACCUAAGGUGCAGACACAGACAUGACACUCAGUAAGAGCAUAGCGAGACACGUCUAUCCAC